UGUCAGUGGUUGACAGCUUUACUAUUUUGUCUAUGAUAUACAGUGACUGUUGGCGGAGAGUGUCUGUUUUGCCCGUAUUUUGUCGUAAUUUUACGGCCAUGUGUGGUUACAAUUACGUGUUUGACAAAAUUUCUAGUGAUGAUAUCCACCACUGCCAAUAGUAAAGUGAAAAACCCGAAGGGAACGGAGGGUAUUGACGCCUCGGAGAAGGACGAAAUUGGCCAAGAAAACACGGACGAUAAGGUCAUAGGUUAUGUUGGAGCGUACGAUGCAUCUUCGUCGUUUGGGGGACCGUCUAGAGAUGGCAGGUAUCGGUCCCGCGGUCGUGUCACCGAGUUCAGGCCGUCGCGAGGCGGUGGGCGCGGGGGCAGAGGCCGCGGAGGUUUCCCGCCCCGCGGAGAUCGUGAUCCCCUGGACAAUUCCUAUAAAUAUCACGAAUCGUUAAACCAGUCUACUAACGACACCUGGUCUCAAGGAAACAGCGGCAACAAGUUCUACGAACGAUCGGAAUUGGUUGUCAACCUACCGGAGGAUCCCCGCAUAUCUAAGUUGCUGCGUCGACUCUGUGCCGAAGUGGACGUGGAAAAAUCGCUUGAAAUAUGUAGCAAGCUACAGGACGCCGUUAUGCUGCCUGAAAAUGCGAGAUAUAUACGUCGUUCCUACGACAUAUUAGUGGAGUCGCUCCUCGAUGUGCUGUAUGACGGUCCUGGCCCUGAGACAAAGGAAGGCGCAGCCACAGUGCUGGGCAGGAUCGGCUACGUCAUGGGGCCUGACUUCAGGAAACAUCUGGAUUGGAUUGCAGCAUCUUAUGCAGUGCAUAACUCAUGUAUAAAGCAUUUGUUGACACUUUCGUUCACAGAGACAUUUCAGCUGGACUUUCAAACUCCUCAUUUAACAGAUUUUGCUGAGCUAACCUUAGGCAGACUGCAGAAUAUCAUAGAAGGCACAGACUCAGCUGAUGUUUUUAUUGCAGCCAUAAAUGCUAUGAUUGUUAUGUCAAAUUCAUAUCCAGAACAUUUUGCCAACCAUUUUGUGGACACAGUUGAUAUAUUAGUUGGUUGGCAUGUGGAUAAUGCACAGCCUAAGAAGAUUAAAGACUUUGCUCUACAAUCUUUGUACAAACUAAGCCGUCACUGGCAGGCUGAUGUGGGAUUUUCAGUUAAUUUGCUAAAUCAGUUUGUAGAAGAUAUGGUGGCCUAUUCUAGUGAUAUAGAAUCAGAAAAACCUAAAUCUGAUGAAGCCAACACUCCAGAAGAGUGCAUGCAGAAGAUUACAUCAUUCUUAAAUGUCUUCAACACUGUUGUCAAGAGUUUGGGAACUCUGCUGAGUCCUACAGUAUCACAGAUAGUAUCCUGGUCAUUCCUAACAGAAGCAUUCACCAAAAUACUGCAAGUUCUCACUAAAACCUUGAAGGAUGACGCUGAAUCAGAUUUGAUAUUGGCAGGUAAUGAAUGUAUUGCUUUACUUUUGAAAUAUUUGCAAACUAAAUCAUCAUCUUGCUCUCCUGCUCUGUUUUCAUUAGUCUCCAAAGAGAUGACUAAUUUUUUGCAAGGAGAAGAGAGUGUAAGCCUCAGUGUUAUUGAAUUAGUAUCAACAGUAAUCAAAGAGAUAGCUUCCAACCUACCUAUUGAGUUCAUAUCUCAGACCAUUGGUCCUGAAUCUCUGCUGCGGCAACUGCGUUAUUCUGAUAGUUCACUGAUAUUGAAUGGAGUCAUGUCAGUGUACAGCAACUUACUGAACUUAAAAAAUAUUCCUCUCUUACAAGAGACUUACAAGUAUGUAUUGACAGAUAUACAGAACUCAUAUUCUGCAAUUUUACCUGAUGUGCAAAUAAUAAAACCAGAAUACACAGAGGUAGUGAGUGCAGAUGAUGCUGAAAGAAAUGUCAUAUUCUAUUUACAAUGUUUAUCAGAGCUAGCAAAUGCAAGUAAUUCUAUUAUUGGCAUGUGGGCGUUGCAACCCAGCAUCUUAGACCUUCUGGCUAUAAAAAUGUGCCCUCAUGAUGAAAAUUUAAUAAGAAAAAAACCAGCACUACAAUAUUCAGUGUUGUAUUUACUUUAUUCCCAUUGCAAAAAGAACAGUCACUUUAUUGCCUCAAGCGACUUGGUCACAAAUACACAGCAAAGAGCAAAUGAUAUAUUUGGCCUAUCCAAUCUCAGUAUUGGCGAUGUCUCUAGUUCCAGUCCAACAUCAGGACAUUUAGCCGUGAUCCUCAAUACUCUGAGCAUGGUAUUAGAUGAAGAUGUCUCAAAAGAGACACUAAUUUUAGUCCUUAAUUGGACAUCUGAUAUAUUUUGCCAACUAGACAAAUACUUACCGAUAGUCAGCAUGUCCAAAAGUUUUUUAGUGCUUACUACAAACAUGUUAACGCUGGCUUACCAAUUUGAUGAUGACAUAGUGUUACUUGUAAUGAAAAACUGCCAACAUUUACUCAAAAACAAAACUCUUACAUGGAAUGUUAUCCUAUUGAAAACUAUAGCUGUGUUAUGUAUACUACACAUUGAUAACCAUAAUAAAACACUGUCAAAUGUUUGCAAAGAUGUACUUUUUGAGUUGCCCUGGGAUAUUGUGCAACUGGAGUUGGAUAAACAAGUUGUGAAGGUGUUUACUGCGCGGAAAAUGAGCCUGAAUGUAUUAAAUAGUGACACUAAGGCUAACUCCUUUAAAGAAUUUCUUAUGAGAGGAUCCUUUUCGAGUCUAUCAAACCAUCAUUUCAAAAUCAUAAUGAAUGGCAUACUCCACAACGCUAUAGAAGACAAGAAAGUGUUGGUGGACGCAUUUUUAACAUCGUGGCCUUUGCAAACACUUGAUGCUGAUGAAAAUAACCUUUUGUUUUUUCGGCAAUGCGCAACAAGUUUUUCGUCCAUAUGCGUUGGAUGGGCGCUAUCAGAACUAGCUCAAACAUGUGUGACGUUAAAACUACGAACCGUUUUGGGAAAACCUCAGGAGACGUUUAUGAAAAUAGAAGGAGCAUUAAAAGGCAUAGCACGAGAAAUUUCUUCAUUGGAAACUAAAUAUGCCCCUGUUGAUCAAAACAAACUUGUAGACGCUGUCAUAUCAGAGCAAAUGAGGACACGUUGGAUAACAGAGUUCAUGAUGUUCUUAGAGAAAUACAUUUAUAAUGCCGCCGAGGGUACAGCGACCGUACUGCCAGCUGUUUCUAAACCAGUUAAAACAUUUUUCCAUACAAAUUGGCCGACUUGUCGUGAAUGGUUGACUAGAGUACGUCCCGCUGCGCUAGCCGUGAGUUUGUACGCUGGACACUUUGGUGCCGCUAUAUACCACGCAUCGUUAAUAUUACAAACUGCAGCAAAUUCAAAUACGAAUAUAGACAUUGAAGCGAUUACGAUUAGCAUUGCUAGAGCGCUCAUCAAGAUUGAAGAGCCAGAAGUUUUACACGGAUUAUAUGUUUGGAUAAAACAGAACUUUGAUAAAAAGUUACUGUGGCUAAAAGGAGCUGCCGAACAGGCUCAUUCCAGGCAUGAACUAGCUAUAGACUUCUAUAAAAAACUGAAUUCUUUGAAGCCAAACGACGAAACUAAAGAAGGUGAAACUUCUACUCCAAUAGAUAAUAGAAGCAUGAAAUUCAUUGAGGAACAAGUUAUGGAAAGCUACAAACACAUACAAAGCUGGGAAGAAAUGCAGGAAUGGAAAGACAAUGAUUUACAUAAUGCUACCAAUUCGCAGUGGAGUUCUUUUUCAACAUUACAACUAUUUGAGGACGGUGCUGAGCUCUCGCAAGAGCUAUCUAAUUGGGAUGCUCUCGAUGUCGAAGCUAAUGAGAUGUCUAAAAAUGCCUGCUCUUAUCAAGGUUUAUUGAACAAAAUCGAAUCGAGUUUAGUUUGUACUGCAGUACAAAUUUACAAUAAUGAUUAUGAUGAAAAAUAUGAAGAUAUGUUAAGCGAAUGCGACAUUUUACUGAAAUCAAAAGCUGAGGAAUUUGCACGAACAAAUUCUAUACAUUUUCUCAAAGAGGUUGCGGUAUUGCAGUUAGCCAACAACGGGCUGAAGAAUAUUGUUAAAAACGGAAAGGGAAUUUCCAAUCCAUUUAAACCAUCGACUAUUAAAGAUCAUAAAUAUGGAACUGAAUUCAAAAACUUAAGCCGUAUUCUAUGGUGGAAUCAAUAUUUCGCAAAGCUAAAUAUGACAGAGGAAAAUGUGUUUUAUGCAGAAUGCCUUCGAUUAGAUGUUAUCAAAAGUGCAAGGAAGAAUGCAAACUUACAUAUGGCAAGGAGAGAAUUAUUGAAGCAUUUUAAACAAAACUCCGCUUUCCAAAUGUGUCUAGGUAAUCUUGAUAACUUGGAUGAUUUAAGCGAAGCUUUACUGAUGUCUACUAAUACUUACGAUCUCGAAAUUUGGACGCUUAACAAUGCCACUGCAUUAACCGAACUCUGCAAGUUGACUUACGCCAAAGAAGAAACCAAAAGCCGAGCUGUAAACUUGUGUGCAAGCAUUUCAUUUGGCUUUUCCCAAAGAUUGGCUAUGAGUGAACAAAGUUAUGAGCUACGAGAAAAGGGUACGAGACUACUUCUUACUCUUUCAAAAUGGGUUCAAGGAGAAAGUGAAAAUAUGUUGGACGUAGACUCCCCACUACUGAAACUAGUGUCAGCUUUGCCUGAAAUUGGUUUAGUGGACAAUAAUAUAUCAGAAAAUGUUAUACCAAUGUCAGACUCAGCUGUUGGUAAACUGCUACAGUUUGGCGUCAAUCAAUGUCCAGGACUGGCAAAAGCAUGGGCUAAUUUCGCUGCUUGGUGCUUCAGAUGGGGCAGAAAAAUGGUAGAAUUCAGUUCAAAGACUCGUGAACAAUUGACGAAAAAUGAUAAGUUACAAAUAGAAAGCGUUAUGAUCGGAUGUUCACCACAAGAUUUUGAGGCCGUUUGUGAAAUACUAUCAAAAACCAAAGCCACUUGUGAUGAUGAAGACAUAGACUGGAACGAAAUUAACACCUCUGAGAUGAUAGAAAGUCAACUGCGUACGGUACCGUUUUUGAGCAAUGCUUUCCCAGAACAUCUAGCCCUGUUAGUAGAUAUUUGGCGUCAAGCUCAAAAACGAGUUUUUUCUUAUUUUGAACUAUCAGCUGACGCUUAUUUCAAGUUUUUACAACUAAUUUGUGCCUCGGACUAUAUAAAUCACAGCGGAGAAAAUGCUGUAGUUAAUGCUACCUUGAGACUUCUGCGUCUGAUUGUAAAACAUGCAAUGGAGUUGCAGACAGUACUAGAGUCUGGGUUAGCUAACACACCCACACAACCUUGGAAAGUUAUUAUUCCUCAAUUAUUUUCUCGUCUGAACCAUCCUGAGACGUAUGUGAGGAAAUGUGUUUCUGACCUAUUGUGUCGAUUAGCAGAAGACACUCCACAUCUUAUCACGUUCCCCGCUGUAGUGGGAGCCGUGGAAAAUGAGCAAAAUGAUUUGAUGGAGUUGAAUGUUGCAAGAUCAUUUCUAUCUAACGAAGCUGACGACAGUGAGGAAAACAAGGAAAUCGAAGAUGCUGCUAGCGAUAAAGUCGUCAACAACGAACUCAAUUCGUGUUUCCUUGAUAUGGUUGAAACAUUAGCAAAGCAAGCACCAAAGACAAUACAGCAAGUGAAACUGUUAGUCAAAGAGUUGCAGCGAAUUAACUUACUCUGGGACGAAUUAUCUCUCGGAACGUUAGUUCAACAUCACUCGGAAUUUACUAAGCGGCUUUCUCAGUUGGAAGUGGAAGUUGUAAAACUGAAGAACAAUGCACACCUGUCGGCAGAGGAUAAAGAAAAAUUGAUCAAAGAGAAGCAUCGGAUAUUCUUCGAGCCUGUGGUAUAUGUUUUAGAACAACUUUAUCAAGUUAUUUCUGCAAAACCAGAGACGCCACAUGAGGUCUCAUUCCAAAAUAAAUUCCUCCCCCUCUUCACUGACGUGAUAGACAAGUUGAAGAAUCCCACAGCUCCUGAUAAACCUUGCGAAUCCUGGGUACCAUUAAAACAAUUACAAAUAAAACUCCAACAGAAAGUGAACAAACGAACAUCUUAUAUUUUGAAAAUGUCUGAUAUAAGUCCUGUGCUAGCAGAAAUGAAAAACACAGUAAUUACUAUGCCUGGAUUGCACACAAAUCAAAGAACCGUUAGGAUAACUAUUAAAUCAGUAGAGAAUAAUGUGGCCAUACUGCCCACAAAGACAAGACCAAAGAAACUGGUUUUCUACGGAUCUGACGGCAAAGCCUACACAUAUCUGUUCAAGGGUUUAGAAGAUUUACAUUUAGACGAACGAAUAAUGCAGCUGCUCUCAAUAACCAACACUAUGAUGGCGAGAGAUUCUGAAAACAACGAUAACCAGACUUACAGAGCCCGUCAUUACUCGGUUAUACCUCUCGGUCCGCGCUCAGGACUCAUCAGUUGGGUUGAUAAUGUGACACCAUUGUUUGCGCUGUACAAACGCUGGCAAAAUCGUGAGGCUGCUAUUCUAUCAGCCAAGACAAAUAAGACGGUAAACGUGUUGCGGCCUUCUGAAUUAUUCUACAAUAAAUUGAACCCACUCCUGAAGGAAGCGGGCAUAUCGACUGACUUCAGAAAAGAAUGGCCGGUAUCGAUCCUGAAGCAAGUCCUACAGGAGCUGUCGGCGGAGACACCACGGGACUUGCUGUGGCGGGAGUUGUGGUGCAGUAGUGUUAGCCCUGAGCAGUGGUGGCAGAUGACGCGUCGGUACAGUUACUCAGUCGCCGUCAUGAGUACGAUAGGCUACAUAAUCGGGCUAGGCGACAGACACUUGGAUAAUGUGUUAGUGGACUUGACUUCUGGUGAGGUGGUGCACAUUGACUAUAACGUGUGCUUCGAAAAGGGCAAGACCCUGCGCGUGCCGGAGAAGGUGCCGUUCAGGCUGACGCCCAACCUGGUGACUGCACUCGGCGUGACCGGAGUCGAGGGCAUCUUCCGUCUCGCAUGCGAGCACGUAUUGCGCACGAUGCGGCGCGGACGCGAGACUCUGCUGACGCUGCUGGAGGCGUUCGUGUACGACCCGCUGGUGGAGUGGGGCGGUGCGGCCGGCGGCGGAGUCAAGCGCAGACCCACCGCCAGGGACGUACGCCUGGCGCUGGCGCUGCUCGCCGUGCGCGCGCAGGAACUCAAGCAUCACUUCGCUGACAUCACGGAACAAAUGUUAGCUGUGCUGCCCGAUAUUAAGCAGUGUGCAGAUGACUGGCUGAAGGAGAACGAAGAACUGAAGUCAGUGGAGACACGGCUGCAGGACUGCCAUCAGCAGAUGGCCCUCAUCAAGGAGAUCGAAGCAUACGGCCCGAACCUGAACAACCACCCGUUAUAUGCCAUAUCUCAAAAGUACACAUCUUAUAAACAAGCCAAGAACGCCGUGGAAGACUCCAUGAAGGCGUUAGUAAAGAUAUUGAAAGAUUUUGACACUCAAAUCGAAAACUUCGCCAACACAACAGAAGCUAUCAACGGGCCGCAACUGAUGGCCUGGGUGCAAGAGUUUUCCGGCUCCAACGACGAGGAGGAACAGCCGAUAUUCGAACAUAUCAAAGAUUUCCUCACGAACGCUGGCCAGAGCUCCAUGAUAUCACAGUGCGAGCAGGCCGAGACGGAACUGUACCAGAGCAUGAAGCAGACGCACCACCUCGUCAGGUCCUGCCUGGAGCUGCUCUCGCAGUACGUGGCGGUGUCGCAGUACUACCCGCAGAGCCACACUGAGUACCACCGCGUCGUCAUGUUUCGCAAGUUCUUGGCGGCCGCGUUAGAGAGCAAGUCGCCUGAAGUCUGCCGCGAAGUCUCCAACCAAGUGACAGCACUCAUCAAUGCUGAUAACAACAAAGGCGAUACGUCACAACAGAUUAUUAAUUACAAUUAUCGCUUGCAAACAAUGAACGCUGAAGCCAGCGCUAGUUUGACUAAAGCUAUAGAACGACUGCAAUUAGAAGGCGGACCGGAUUCCCUAGUUUUAUCUCAGGAAGCUUACAGAGAAGCGAAGACAAAUAUUAGCAACUGGGUGAGGACAGAGGAGGGUGCAGGAGCUGCGCUAGAGUGCGCUGUCAUAGGAAUGCUCUGCAACUUGAACAGGAGAUACCUGAUGUUGGAGAACGGGGCUCAGAGCGCGGGAGACUGUCUCGUGGACCUGACGUCGAGGGAGGGAGAGUGGUUCUUAGACGACAUGAGCGCAUUAUCCAUGCAAGCAGUCGAGCUGCUCUCAUUGCUCCCCUUACAAUCAGCCUCCGCUGAAGACGCAGCCAUGCCGGUUGCAGUAGAAUGCGUGCGGAACGCGAACCUGCUCCUGGCGGACUUGGUUCAGCUGAAUUACAACUUUUGCACUAUAAUACUCCCGGAGGCGAUAAAGAAAGUACACUCAGAGGAUCCUUCGGUGCUGCUGAUGAUUAAUGAGCUGAAUGCUGUGAUUAUGAACUCGCCGGUACCUCUAAACGAGUUGCUCACACAACUCGAGCUACACCUGAGAUAUUUAGUUAUGGAUAUGGAUUCCCCAGCCAGUGGCGCCCCCUUAUUGGCGGCAGAGGUCCGCACCCGCUACGAGGCGCUCCUGUCGGCGUCCAGUGCGGAGGCGGAGGGCCAGGCCGGCCGCAUGCUGCUCAUGGGCUUCAACGGGCUGUUCGCGGCCGUGGAGCUGCGCGCGCGGGAGCUGGCCGACCACCUCGCCAUUCCCAUCCCGCCGGCCUGGAGGAAGAUCGACCAUAUCAGCGAGUCAUUGCAUAUGUCGGCGGCCCUGCAGAGCCCGCUGCUGCGCUCGGUGCUGGAGGACAUCUUCCUGGUGCGGCGCGUGCAGGUCAUGGCGGAGGUGUUCGCCAUGUGCGCGCAGAUGGCGUGCGCCUUCAAGGGCAGCGGCCCGCUCGCGCUCUACGACGACGCCGCGCUCGCCAAGCCCGUCAAGAGAUUCACAGCAGAGUAUGUAUCCCGCUGUGUCCUGGGUGUGCAUUCCAAGGCGCUGGCGUGCGUGCUGUGCUUGUUGCUGCGACGUGCUAGACUGGACUUACAUGCUGAAGUUGAACAGAAGGAGAUUGGCGCGUCGUGGAGCGUGUCGCUGGAGUCGCUGUGCGAGAAGGCGCGCGCGUGCGGGGUCGCUGGGGGCGCGACGGGCGCGCGCGCGGGGGCGCUGGCGCGCGGCGUGCAGGCGGGGCGCGCGCGCGUGGCGCGGGCUGCGCGCGCGCACGCCGAGCACGCCAAGCGCUCCGCCGCCGCGCGCCGCGCCAGGCUCACGCAUGCUGCGCACACGCAUCUGCAUGCUGAGGUGCUGGGUGGUAACCAAGAGACGAGUGCGGCGUUGGCCCGACGCUCGCGUGAACUAACCGCUGCUGUGGAGCGACUUACUGCUGCUACUAACAAGGCUCAUGCAUUGCUCACUGCUGCACACCAGAGAGUGAAGUGGGGCGCGGGCGCGAACCCCGCGCUGUCGGGCGUGGCGCAGACGCUGGAGCGCGCCGCCGCGCAGCUGGCGCCGCACGCGCGCGCCGCCGCCGCGCAGCGCCCGCGCGCGCGCGCCCGCCCGCACCUCGCUUGCCUCACCGCGCUGCAGCACUGGGAGAAGGCGUGCACCUUGGCGCAGAAAUAUUCCUUGAAAGUGACUCCCGUAGAAGAAUCUCUUAUGGAAAUGCUACAUCCUGAAGGAAAUAUUGACACACAGUGGGUGGACAACGUGUCCGCGCUGCUCCGCGAGAUGAUCGCGCAGCUGUCGGCGGAGGCGGCGCGGGGCCGCUCGCGUGGUCGCGCGCUGGCGGAGGGGCUGCGCGCGGCGGGGGCCCGCGCCGCGCCGCCCGCCGCCGCGCGCGCCGCGCUGCUGCACGACCUGCGCGCCACGCUGCACGCGCUGCUCACCGACAACGACACUAACAACCCGGCCGCGGAGUUCCUGGCUCGAGAGAAGGUGGUUAGCGAGCAGCUGAAGGCUCUCACCGCCGUCAAGGACGACGAGAGCUCCGUGACCGCCGCGCGCAACGCCGCCGACAGCCUCAUCACCACGCUACCUGCACAUCAUGAGACUUUACAAGAACUACACAAGAACUGGCCGUUGGAGAUGGGCAGUCGCAAGCUAACGCGACAGGCAGCCAUCAACGCGCCCGGCAAGAGCAACGCGAAUAAUAGACAUGGAGGCGAGCGCAACGCGGUGGGCGCCGGCGUGUGGAAGCGGGUGCGGCUCAAGCUGGAGGGCCGCGACGACCUGCAGGCCGCGCGACGAUACACGCUGCAUGACCAAGUGGACCAUAUGAUAAAGGAAGCUGCAUGCUGUGGGAACCUGUGCAUGAUGUACGAGGGCUGGAUGGCGUGGGUCUGAGCCCCGCGCCGCCGCUCCCGCGCCUGCGCCACGCGGCCCGCGCGCGGGGGCCGGACCGACUCCACGCGACCACCCGCGGCCGCCCGCGGCAACACGCGGCAACACGCGGCAGCCCGCGGCAACACGCGGCACGACGCGGCUCACUGCGCCCGUCGACACGCCGCUGCCGCAAACCGCGAAACUACUCGUUUAAACCACUCUUUCGGUACCACGUUUUUUACUAGUUUUAUCUUUUUUGUUCGUUUUCCUUCGUAGCGCGGGUCGGUGUCCGGGCCCGCAGCCCGCCGCCGCCCGCUGGCCGACGCCGCCCACCGGGUGUCGGCUACUGGUGACCGACCAGAUCCUCUGAUGUGUCGCCUACCGCGUACCAUAGUAUCGCGUCACAUUGUAUCGUAUCAGAAGUGUAACGCAGUCGUAUAAACGUAUGUAGUAUAUUAUAACAGGACCUAGCUGUUACAGAUACCAGGAAUACCUUUCUGGUAUCGUUUUCGAGUAAACUUAAGUAAUGUUCUUUGUUAUUUCCGUGCGAUGUGUUAUUUAACACAAUUAUGAGUCAUGGCAACAAAAUUACGCAUUUUAGGACAACAUUGGCAUACAAAAUUUAUUUGUAGCUCAUCUUAACUAAUUUUUAAGAAAAAUAAAAAAAACCCAAAAAAAAUAUCUAAUAUUAACGACUCGAACUGUGCAGAAUGUAAACUUUGACCUAUUCACCUUUCUUCUAAUAGGUGUUUGACGUAUGAAGAGAUAGUGCCACCAGAAUGGUAGGACUGUAGUCUAAACAAAUCAAAAUUAUACAAGUCUUGGUAACUCAAUUCGUAUAAUAAUUAGAUUUAUAUUCCAUUUAUAACUGUUUACGUAGGAAUCUGACUACAGAGGUUUUAGUUCUGCACGUAGCUCUCAUUGAACGUUUACUGAGGGACAGCUUUGUCGGCGAACUCAUUUGUAACGACCUUUCGUCAUUUUUACUUUACGAACACGAUAUACUUUCAUAGUAUCAUAAAUAUCCAUUUUAAUAGCAAAGAGUUCAUCUAUGACAAUAGAUUCUCUGUGGCUUAUUCACCUUUUGCCGAAAUAGCCUAAGCUUGCUUAGACAUCAGACUCACGUAGGAAUGUAUUUCCUAUUCAUUGUGUAAUCGAUGUUUGAAUAUCACCUACUAACCGACUAACACUCAGAUCCCAUCCUACCGCUUCGAGCAUCACCCGUCGUUAUAAGUAAUCCCGGUAGCCCGUACAUUAUAACAACACUUCUAAAAUAUUCUAUCAUAAUGUAUCUUAGUAUAGACACUAAUUUAGUUGUACUCAUUCCUGCAAAAAAACUUUUCGGAUGACCGCUAGUGUACAUCAUGCUACAAUUAGAUCAUAGACAUAAAAAGAAUAGAUUUAGCUUGAAAAUCCAUCUUUAAAGUGAGAGGAGAGAUAAAAUGGUUAUGCGGCCGGUAGAUGUCUCAUUUUGAAACCCUAGCUAGCUAUUAGCUAUAAGUAGAGCUUAUAAGACCAUUAAUUUGCCUCAAAAGAUAAUAAAAUUGGUCUGAUAAUCAUUUUGUCACUUUCAACAAAGUCGAGUCUUGAGUCUCUCAACAUACCUAUCAUUUAUGUCUAUGAUCAGAAGAAUGUCGCUAACGUUCCGCGUCUAUUGCCGCGCAUACUCAAACGGUCAUUUAAUUAUAAACUUUAUCAAAAGAUUGAAUUAUAUCGUCGCUUUUCUAGAACUUGUAGUGACAGAAUACGAGAGCAGUCUCACCUUCUGUCUCCAAACACCGUUAUUAUUGAGCGACGUCUGAGUAUUCGUUGUUUAGUCGCGACGCACAACUGCUACUCAAUUUGUAAUUUGAUAUUAUUUCGGUCUGCUUAACUUAUCUCGGAUUUAAUCAUAUUGUAUAUAGAUCUAGUCAGAUUUGUAAUAAAUAGCCCACGGUACGUUUCACUACAGGAACACAAUACUCUUUAUACUAAUAAAUACCUAAACCUCAUACAAUAUAUUGCCAAUCCAUUAAGUUCCUAAUUUCUGCCUAAUGCAGAAUAGAAUCUCGUAAUAGAAAUAGCUGAGUUUUAAGAUACACACUUUUGUGGGCUCUUUGUUACUUAUUCACUAGUAUCUAUUCAAUAUUGAUUAUCAAAACGCUUAAAAAUUCAAACAUAAUUAGAAACAUAAUUCUGCAUUUUAAAGUUAUUCCUGCUAAGAUGUUUGCAAAAACUUGCUGAAUUAAGAUACCCACAUUUGAUUCUUAUGGCAAUAUGAAUCCAUUAACAUCCUGGACAUCUAUAUACUUACCACUAUUGCAAGUUACACGCAAAAAAGGACCUUAGGCCUUUUGUAACACGAGUCAAAAUAGCACUGACUUGUGAAUGUUGUAUGAGUAGCGAGUAGAAAAUAUUACAUAACUCAAGUGUCUCCUAUAACUUAUAUAAGUGGUAAAACUAAACAGUACCUUUUUUGUUGCCGUAUGGUACAAGCUUCAAAAACGUCUCAGGAAUAACUGUGUUAUGUCAGGGAAUGAGUACAUAGAAUAAUAUUAUUAUAUAUUGCAUACCGCAUCGUGUAACCUCCACGCAAGUGUGUAUUGUGACAGUGGAUGCAUUCACUUCUAUACUAAAUACUAAACAACUCUCGAUUUAGACCUAUUAUACCGUAACAUUUUAGAGAUUCUACCAUAGACCCAUUUCAUAGUUUGAUGUUUGACAUAAGGUCAGUCGUCUCUGGCGCAUAGAUCAUAGAGGUUAGACGUGGCUCCGUAUUUUGCGCCCUCACAAGCAAUAGGUAUAAGUGUACGUUAUUCAUAAUUAAUGUUGUUGAUGAUCUAUAGUGAGUAUAUAGACAUUGGAAGGUAACUGUUAUGAAAUAAUUGUAUUAUUGGCUUACAAAAUUCAAUGUUUGAAAGCUAGGGAGAGCAGCAAACAUAAAAUUACUAUGUGUCAUAUUUUAUUUUGAUGAUUUAGCGAUUUUCUAAUGCAUUGCUUGUUGUUUAGUAGCUCACAAUGAAAUCCUUAUUAAUAAAUGAAAAAAAAACUAGAAGUCCAUAACGAAUUUCGUUUUUAUCUAUGAAAUAUUUGGUAAUUUUAUCUAUUCUUGUUAACAUCGAUGAGAUUUGUAUUAAAUUUCAGAAAUUGCUUGCGCUCUCUAGCUCAUAGUACUUGUCUGUAGAACAUAGCAUUCGGUCUAAAUUGUUCAGAUGCAUCCACUGAUAGCGUGAUUGUAUCGCUUCAUUAUUAAAUAAAUGGUGUAUGUUA